AUGCGCAUCUGGCUGUACGACCGCUACUCAUCGCAUGGGACCGCGGUUGGGUAUAACGGGCAGAACGAGGGGGAAAUACGUCUGAGUGAGACGUGGAUCCUGGCGUACGGUCCCGGCGAGCGCAACCCCUUUGACCACAUCACCGUCGUCUCGGGUGGUCUCAUCAUCAGCAUUGAGUUUCCUAACCAUCAAGGCAACGAGGCACGUUCCGGGCCUCGGGGACUCGGCCUCGUCAGCCCGGUCACGACCGAACCACCCAGUGAAGCCCAGGCCACCUCUGAACGCCUGAUCUACUUCAGAAAACGCGAAAUUGGGAGGGGCGCGUUCAGUCGCGUGAUCCGACUCAUCAGAGCCCGCGACGGCAAGUACUUCGCUGGCAAGAUUUUCACGCCGCCACCGACCAGCAAAAAGAGGCGCCGCGGGGACAUCGACCCAGCA